UCUGCAGAAUGAGCACAACUCCAGCUACCCCACAUCACCCUAAAUUCGUUUCCUUAGAAGAAACUGAACCUCAAGGUGCCAGGUUUCGGCUUGUUUCCUAUAACAUUUUGGCUCAGGUCUAUGUGAAGAGCUCCAAUUUUCCUCAUUCGCCAUCUGCUUGUCUCAAAUGGAAGGCUCGUUCAAAGGCGGUUUUAGCUGUUCUCAAGAAUCUUGGGGCUGACUUUCUCUGCCUUCAGGAAGUUGAUGAGUAUGAGAGUUUUUACAAAGGAAAUAUGGAAAGCUGUGGCUAUUCUAGUAUUUAUAUUCAGAGAACUGGGCAGAAGCGUGAUGGAUGUGGAAUUUUUUUUAAGCACGAUAGUGCAGAGUUGAUCUUACAGGAAACUAUAGACUACAAUGAUCUUGUGAACUCAAUUCAACAUGGAACUGUAUUAUCUGAUGAUAUACAAAAUGAUGAGCAAGAUAGUAAAAAUAAAGAUGCCAAAAUAAAAAGUGAUGUUUCAGGUUCAAUGCAAAAAGUUCCCCAAGAUCGAGGAGAUCCAAUUGAUCCUCGUGUGAGACUAAAACGUGAUUGCGUUGGUAUUAUGGGCGCAUUUAAACUUAAGGACUAUCAUAAUCAUAUUGUUAUCGUGGCCAACACGCACAUUUACUGGGAUCCAGAAUGGGCUGAUGUCAAGCUUGCACAAGCUAAAUAUCUUCUAUCGCGCUUAGCUCAAUUUAAAGCGCUAGUAUCCGACAGAUUUGAGUGUGCAUCUUCACUGAUCGUGGCUGGUGAUUUCAAUUCAACCCCAGGGGACAAGGUUUACGAGUGCCUUAUCUCAGGCAAUCCGUUGGCUUCCUCGGGAACAGUUGCGGAAGGUUCAGAAGAUGCUCCGAUUCCUUUACGCACCGCCUACGGUUCCACAAGUGGAGAACCAAAAUUCACAAACUGCACGCCUGACUUUACUGAUACACUAGACUACAUAUUCUUUUCCCCUUCUGAAAGCAUCAAACCAGUGAGUUUGCUUGAGCUUCCAGAAUUUGACCCGUCUGAUGUCGGCGGAUUACCGAACUUUAGUCACCCAAGUGAUCAUUUACCAAUAGGCGUCGAAUUUGAAAUUUUUGGCGGGCUGUAAUUUCCAAAUUUUUUUAUUGAGUUACAUUUGAACUUUACAAUAAGCAUGGCGAUUGGGCUUUGGAUUGUCACAUUGGAAGCAUAACGACUUGGACGAUAAAUUUUGCUGCCAAAGUGCUUGUU